AUGGCCUUCCAGCCCCUCCUACGGCAUCGCGCCGCGCCUGUGGCAGCCCUGACCAUGGCUUCGCUCGCUCUCUACCCUAGAACCGCCUACGCCGAGGAGCUCACCCACCACACGCGCAAACCCAUCUACGACAGCCCGCUGGCAGCCACUCCCUCCCCGGCAGCCAUCCACGACACCACCCUCCACCCGGACCCCGUCACCCCUCCCGUCCGCGACUCGCAAUCCCAAGCCUCAAAAGUGUCCGUCGAGCAAGUCGCCGCCCGCGUCCUCGGCCAACCCGCCUCUCCCACCCCUACCCAGCGCCUCGCCGAUCAGAUCAAGCGCGCCCGCGUCUUCCUGCACGCCCAAGCCGUCAAGGCCGAAAACAACAUCGACUCGGGUCUCACCAAAGCUCUGAACCUCGAGCACUCCUUCAUCUCCACAUUGCAGUCUCUUGCUCCCCCCAGAGAGAGCGGUGAGCGUUUGCUCCCCGGUGGCAUCUACGUCUUGGUUGCUGCAAUGGCCGGCAGCAUUGUUGCUCGCAACCGCAACAUUUUGCUGCGUGGUAUUGUUCCCGUGGCUACUGGUGUUGGUGCCUCGUAUGCUGUUUUGCCUAUCACCACUCGCAAUGUCGGCGAUUUGAUCUGGAAGUACGAGGAAAAGUACCCCGUGGUCCGUGAUAACCAUAUCCGUGUCCGUGAUGGUGUUUCGCACUUCAUCGAGACUGGAAAGGCACACUCGCAGAUGGGUUACUACCAGGCUGUUGACAAGGUCCAGGGCGUGCGUGAGGCUGUUGAGCAGUGGGUUGCAAAGGGCAAAUAG